UUGACCUGUAUAUAGUGGUCACCCUGUAUAUAAUGCUCACCUUGCCAUUUCCUAAGGGUGACCAUUGUUGUACACAGGUUUGGCUGUAUCUUAAAUUUUUGCUUUCUGUACAUGGCCAUUCUCUGGAAGCUGAUAUUUAGCAUCAGGAAGGGAAGGCUGGAAGUGCUUUACAGUGUACUUAUUAGUAUAGACAGCAUUUUUGGCAAUAUGGGUUCUUUUUGGCCAGGUGGUGACCAGGAAAUUGCUUGUCUAGGUUCAAGAGGUGUUUUUCAGGAAAAUUUCCGGCAGCAAAUGGGUAAAUCCUCUUUAAGAUGGUCAUCUUGCUAAGAUGGCCCUUUGGGACCGGUUCCAAUGUUGUCCAUCUUGAAGUUGACUGUAUCCCACAAGUUUUUUUGUUGUGUAUUAGUAAAUAUAUUUUUCUUGUUGAUAAACUGUAGAUUAAAUGUUCAUCUGGAGUGUCAGAGAGUCACCAACAUGAGUAAAGAGGACAUUGACUGGGCUUUUGAUCUCACAAAGCACAACAUGCAGUUGCUGUAAGACAUGAUAUCAACACGUGUAUAACUUAUUGGUCAAAAUUAAAUUCAGGUAAAAUUUUUUAUCCCAGUAUGAUUCUCAAGUUUCCUUGUCUCCUAGCACUAAUUCAUGAAUAUUUAGGACUAGCAGGAGAGAGGAAAUUGAGAAUCAACCUAGGUUAGAAAAUUUUAACCUGAAUUUAUCUUUGACCCGUAACAUGUCUAACAUCAUAUCCUAUAUUUUAUUUUUCUAUGGGAUGGCUUAUUAAAGAUUUAUUUGCUUAUGUUGUUUGUGAUUUUAAGAGAUUUUUUUUUCAUUUCUUAGUUAUGAAAAUAGCAGCUGGGGUUGGAGUGACAAAAAGAAGAGAGAUGAAAUGACUGAAGAUAAAGCCUGGUAAUGGCUCAUAUCUGUUAUAGUGUAUUUAGCAAAGCCCUAAGAAGAAGAAGUGCCUUUAUUUGCCAUACAUUCAGUCAUACACAUAACCUAUUACAAGGCAGAAGAUCGAGCAAGCUCUGUUUAGCUUUUAGACAAUCUCGGCUUUAUUCCAAAUAGAUGUAAAGAAUAUCAGAAGGCGGACUUCCUUAGCCCUAAGUACCAUCUGAUUAGUUGUUAGCUGAACAAUGUGUUUGCUUUAGAAACAAAUGAAGAAUUUGAAAUAGGUCAAGAGUCCUUUACAUGAACAUGUACAGCUAUAUUUCAUGCAACUCUUAAGCCAUUCUGGGGUGAAUUCCCGAGUUCUCCUGAUUUCAGAAAUCACUUGUACAAUAUAAACAGCCCACUCUGGUUUCCUCUUUGAUUAGAAAACUAACAUUUCCAAAUUCCAGUUUCGUCUAACACACCCAAACACCUGUGAAACAAGUUGGUAAGAGCUCUUGGUUGUUUUGUGGGUAAACAGAGUCAAGUUUUUUUUCACAUCUAGGAAAAAGAUUUAUGUAGUUGCCUAUUAGCUGAAGUGUUUUAUACCAUAUAUUCUCGAUUAAACGCCGGCCUCGAAAAAAUGCCGGGUCAAACCUUCCUAUUUUUAAAUCAGUGCCGGAGGUGUUUAAUCGGGUCCUUGGCAUUUGAUCGAGGCCGCAGCAUUUAAAUGCGGUCAAGGUGACAAGGACCGGUUACAAAUAUAGUCUCUUGAGCAGCACUGUUGCGACAUACGGGUACAAAAUACAGUAUGUUGUUUUGGUAUUUUAAUAAAUGUUCAAGGGAAGAAUUACGCCAUAACAUAACUAGGAUGGAUGCUGCUCAACAAGAUGUACGGUACAGUAAUACUGUAACUUUGGGUAAUGUUUGUACGGUAAUAAACCUCGGUGAUCUAGUAACCUGCGUGGAACCCAAAAUCCUCUUUCCCUUCCCUUUCGAACUCCUGCCACGCUUGCUAGAAAUCUAGAGGCCAGACGAAGGGGAAAACGGUCCCACCCUGACAAACUGCCCCUGGGUCUCCGAGGAUCCGUAAAAAUAAAUCAACCUGAAAAAAUGACAGAAAAUUUCAUAUCAUUGAUAAACGCCGGCCUCGAUAAAACGACGGGUCAAAUUCAAUACUGCCAAUUUUUAAAUAAAGGUCGGGGGCGUUUAAUCGAGAAAUUGCGGUACCCAGAAAAACCUUUCAGGGCAAGGACACGAACCAACAAAAAACCCAACCCACAUUUGAGAUCAUUUCGAGGAUUCAAACCUAGGCCACAAUGGUGGGAGCCACUGCACCGCCCUUGCUACCAAAAUGAAAGCUGGAUGCUCUUUUCAGCUUUUUCAGAUCUUUUUUAGUAGUAACAAAGGUUUACAUUUUUUCUCUCAUGUUUUAUCAGGUAUCUACUGGCAAAAUGUGAAUCAGGAAAAGCCAUAGGAUUUUCGCAUUUUAGAUUUGAUUUGGAUGAAGGAGAUGAAGUUCUUUAUUGGUAGGUCAUUAUAUUUUCCAAGCACAUUAAUACUGAAAACUUAAUUCACGUUUGUGAGCCUUUUCCAUGUAAUUGUAAAAUUGCAGGUGAGUUGUGAGUGACUUAGAUGUAUGCAGCACAACAGGACUUUCUAAUGUCACUUAUUAAAGUUCUAUUUUUUUCUUAGUUAUGAAAUUCAACUGGAAUCUAAUGUGCGAGGCAAAGGUCUAGGCAAGUUCCUCAUGCAAAUAUUGGAGAUGAUGGCACAUAGGUUGGUUACCGGCUGAAUUUUAUUAUCAUGUACCUCGGUAAAGGCGUAAAAUUUUGAAGAAACUGCUUCUUCUCUUUCAGAGCACAAAUGAAGAAGGUGAUGCUGACUGUCUUUAAAGGUGUGUUAUUCACUUGCCCUAUGUAGUUUUAGAUUGGUUUAUUUUUUUUUAUGUGCAAUCGUUCCCAAUAACUGCCUUCAUUGUUACUAGUCCUGUUAAUGACGGUCAAGCCAGUUUGAUACAUGCAUAUAUUAAAUAUUCUUUAAACAGUUUUAGUUUAUAGUUUUCUUGUGUGUUGUCCAUUAUUCCAAGUUAUUUCCUACACCUAAAUCCUGUUGUGUAGGACUGAAGAAUAGCUAGAUCCUUGAGGUACAUCAGUUACGCUAAAAAAGAGCCGUUUCUGCAGUGCUUUUCUGCAAAAAAAUAAACCUAUUGUUUCCCUAGUCUAAAGCUUGAAACAGACCUGCUUUUCACAAAUAAUUAUUCUCGACCUUCUCAGUGCACUUUACUCAUUGUUUUUAUCAAUGGUUUAUUUCGUUAGAAAAUGAGAGAGCUAUCAAUUUCUUCGGUAAAAUAAUGAAGUAAGUGGAUAACAUAAUGGCAACGCAGUGGACCCGUUAUAGGGAGCUUAAGCAGCGACGUUUUUGAGCGACGCACGUCAACCGGAAGUGAGGUAUUUUCCCUCUUAACAUGCCUUGAUGAUAUAAAAUUUGUAUUCCUUAGCUUCUUUACUGUUAUAGAGGCGAUUUGACUGAAAAUUUGCGCGAAACCACCGUCAAAAAAUGAAAAAAGGCCACUUCCGGUUGACGUGCGUCGCUCAAAAACGUUGUUGCUUAAGCUCCCAAUUUACAAUGCAUCACCAACAUAUUUUAAGUGCUAAGUGUGCUACCUGAAAGGAAACCCCAUAUGCCCCCAAAACACUGCAGAGCUCAUUAAUUUUUAUUGUUUUUGAACAUUUUAAUGCUAAAUAUUAUUUCUGUUCUUGUAAAUUUGUGGGUCUGGGAGGGGUCAUAGAGCUUAACUAAAAAAAGUUUAACUAUAUUUGCAGGAUUUCUUAAUUUAUCUACUGGGUGGGAUAGGAGUUGAUCAAAGGGUGUGGCCAUUUUGGGUAUCAGUCUAGAAGUCUGUCUAAAAUGAUGGUAAAUGUGAUGAUCGCAUAUUAUCAGGGACGUGCUCUAGGAGAGCCUGAUGGCCCCUGGCGCCUAACUUUUGCCCUCGGGCGACUAGAAAAUCUAAGUUUUUUUUUUCAUACAAAUCCUAUGCUGAGCACCCUAGAUUUUACGGGUUCUGAGCACUCGGCUCCCUUCAAUUUUCCUUAGAGCACAGCUUUGGCACAUUGUGGAUUGGCCGCCAAGGUCUAGAAACCUACAGCAGUUGGAUAUGGGAAGACGACUUUGAUCGCAUAAAACCAGAAGACAUUUGACGACGGUUUGAUAACCACGUAACACCUAAAGUAAAUCACAGGCUAUCCAGAUAUCAGCUUCAUCAGAUUUGGCAAAAGAGCGAAGAAACUAUUGAUGAUUUUAUGAUGUGCUGGCGGAAUCAGGCUGCAAAGUGCAAUAAGACAAAAGAAAGUUCUAAAAAGCCUUUUAAAAAAAGGUGAAAUAAUAUUGCUUGAAAAACCAAUUGACAUUGCUCGAACACACGAGGCUAUACGCUGUUACAAUUUGAGCAGUUAGCAGGGGAUUGAGACAAGGAUGUUCAUGGCAUCAAAAAGAGCGCCAGCAAUAGUAACAAGUAAAUGCAGUGCCCUAACUCUGGUCUAGAACAUUCUUGAAUAACCAGAGAAAGUUGUCCCGCACGUGGAUCUGAGUGCCUAAAUUGCCGGACACCCACCCAUUGAGCAAGAGUAUGUCGCAAACCAUAGAGGUUCGAGGAGUAGGAAAUUCCAGAGCAAGGCAUCGAUCAACAAGCAGAGACCAUCAAGGUUGAGGAAGGUCCUAAGAUGCUGGACACAGGGACAAGAGGGCAGUCGAUUUAAUUGAGCAAUUUGAGUCAAUUGCUUUCAAAUCAAUUGAAGCUGAUGCUUUUGAUCCUCCAAAACGAAAUAAUAAGAAAGGUAAAGUGUUUGUUAACGUAAAUAUGAAUCUCCACACCAAAAGUACUCAAGGUUGGACACAAAAGCGCAAGGAAACCCUUUUCUUUCAGAUUGUAUCCAUAUGUUUCCUCAGAAUCUACCGGCGGAUGCUCUUCCUAAGCAUGGAGCGCUAGCGUACUCCCCUACAGUACUGUCAGCUUUUUGUGGUGCCAAGCUUAGACCAUAUGGAACGUCCUGGAAUCGCAUGUGAAUUCUAAGGCCGAAAAACUGUUGCCACCUUUUUUGUUACUGAAGCGAAAGGUCCAAAACCUGAAGGAGCCACACCCGAGACAGGCACACCCUCACAAUAGGGUAUAUCCAGAAACCCACUCCUUAAAGUCAAGGAUGAUUUGGCGGACAGAUACCCUGAUUGUUUCAGUGUAAUCGGAAAGUUCCAGAGCCAAUACCAUAUUACAGUGAUAAUUCAGUCCCCCAGUGGUCAAUAAAGGAACUUCCUCUGUUGGUUCAACCCUGCUGAACCUGCUUGGGAGAGAUAUCUGCCGAAGACAAUCCAGGGAGAAAUUUUAUCAAAACUGCCAGUCACCAUGGUACUGAGAAGACCAAAUUGAGGGCACAAAUCAGUAUUCGGGAGAAAUCUCAACAAGUACAUUGAAGAACUGACCCAGACAUGCAAAGUCUGUCAAGAACUCCAACCUAGGCAUUUGUGGGAACCGCAAGUUCAGACCGAGGUACAACAAAGGACUUAGCACACAGUGGGAACUGAUGUGCUCUACGUGGGCGACGAUGAGUACCUGAAUAAGUUCUCUUUUCUUAAAAAGAUACCCAGACUCCAGAGCACAAAGUAAGGUUGGAGAUGAUUUAACAAAGCAAAUCUUCACUGGGCAAGGCAUUUCACGAACUGUCAGGUCAGAUGAUGGCCCGCACUUCCAUGGCUACUAUCGUCAAUUUGCAAAGGAAUACAGGCUCAGCCACAUUACAAGUUCUCUCAAUUGCCCGAAGAAGCACUAUUACGAUCUACACACCAAGGCGUCACCAAAGCCUCGAACCAGGUCAGAAGAUAGCAGUUGAGAACCUGACGACCCGGGAAUGGAAGCCAGUGGUGAUACAAGGCAAGAUCCAGGGAAUUCCGAGAUCUUGUUUAGUCUCCAUACCAAGCGACAGAUAGUUGCGGCACAAUCAGUGGCAGACCUAUAGAGGUCCAGACCACAGAGACAGGUGGGUUAGGUUUCACUUGGGGAGCAGACAGGCAGGCAACGGAGCUGAGAGCAAACCAGAGUGUCAGUCCAGGCACAGGCAGCCCAGCCUGUCAACCUAUCAUCUCAGGACAAGGUUCCCGAUGUCAUUAUGUGACGCACUGCGGACAAAUUGUCAAAGCCUCACUAGUUCAACCUCUAAGGCUGUACUUCGCUUUCUGUAAAACAUCUAAAUUUCUCUCUUCAAUCUGUUUGUAAUUAAAGGAGAGAUUUUUCUGUUGUUCUUGUUUUUUUUUGGUAAAUGGGGUAUGUGAUGAUCGCAUCCUAUUGCCAUUAUAAUAGGUUAUUCACAUGCUAGGGAGGCGAUUAAUAUCUCCAUAUCGGUAGUUUAUAAUAGGAUUAUCGUGUGCUAAGGAGUCAAUAUAUAUUUGCAUCGUUAACACUGUGUGCGCUUCCGUAGAAACUUAAAUAUACUGUUUCAUAUAUUACGCCUCCUUGUACGUUCGUCGGUCAACAGUAAACAUAUAAAGUUUACUCCAAAAAUGUACACCAAAACAGAUAAAGGCCCUAAUUAAUGGUUCUUGCCCUAGGCAAUUUUUUGUGCAUGUCGUAUUGCUUUGAUACUGCAAGAAAAGUUGCAAGAAACCGCCUUGUCUAAGAGUGUCAUUAAAAAACCUCAAAAGCUUUCACACUUUAAUGAUUAUUAUUACGUUGUCUUUGAAUGGGAGAUCUUCCUCCAAGAUUUAUUUUUCUUUGUCUUUCUUAGGUUUCAAACAGAUGAGACUUCUCCAGCUAUCUGGGAUCCCAUGAAUCCUGAAGAUUACUGUUAUGAUAUUCUCAGUAAAACACUCAUAAGAAAGACCUCUGCAACCACUACAACAGAGAGAACAAGCAUCUGAUAAGCGCAACAUACUGCCUUCGAUCUCAGAAAGGAAUUGAAAAUAAAAUAUAUUAUCCAAAACUCCUUCCAUAAUAAGGAGUGGACAUCAUUAGCUAACAUCCCAGGACAUGAAAGGAAGUGAAACAUUCCCAAAAUGGACAUCCUUAGAACAAUUUACUAGUGAGAGCACUUUCAAAGUAGGGGCAAUGAACUUAAUUAACUCCCAGUGACUGGUUCCCAUGAAAACAGUUACUUUUGUUUUCCGAAAUUGAGAUUCGAGAGUAAAGAGAUCUAGCGUUUCAAAGGGACCAGCCAUGAAGUAAUUUGUUUUGUAGUUUACGAACAACGUCUUUGCAAACAAAUUUAGGGAAGUAUAUCUUAGAAGGCGGUCAACACGCGCGGGUAGCAUUGUAAUGUUAAUCUCUACGUCAUUGACAUUGCAAUGUUGGCCACUCACAGACUUUUUUGGCGGGAAACAGUUUUACUGUAAGAUGUCACGUGACCUUGAAGUAACAAAUAAAAACGCGUACUGUUUCGUAAAAAUUUCCUGCU